CAGAGGUUAAGUCACUUGCCCAGGAUCUCAUAGCUAAUAAGUGGAUUUGAACACAGGUCUUCCUAACUCCAGAAUCAGUGUUCUACCCAUCACCCCACCUAGCUGCUUACAGAAUCUUAAGAGGCAUUGCAGUCUGCAACGGUGGGAAUAGCAACACUGAGAAAAUCACAGAUCCUUGAAGUGUUUAGUUUGGCUGAAAUUUGGGAGGGUGGGUACAGCUCCUUGUCUUGAAGAUGAAGAAGGCCUCCCUAGGAGAGCAGGAGAGUAGGAAGACUCCCUAGCAGUCCCCACCUAGAAAAACAAUGUGACUCAUACGCUUGUUUUGUGAUUUGUUUUUUUUCUGGCACAUUUUGCAUUUCACCUGUUCUUUGAGUGACUGACUGAAGGUCUGCCCACACACAGGACAAGUGUGUGGUGCAGGGUGCUCCCAUGUCCUUGUUGAAGUAGCCUGAAAUGCUCAUCCUAGAAUUAUCAGAUUAAGAUUUGGAGCUAGCAAGAAAGGGCCUUACAGUUGUAUGUGUGACACCGUCCCGCCCCCUCCCCCAACUACUGCCAUUUUACAGAUGAACUACCAGGAAGCCCAGAAAGGCUUCAAAAUGUGUGUCAGCAGUAACAGCAGCAACGAAGAGGCCCCCGUCUUGAAUGCAAAACAACUGGACGUCCCGGACAUCAUCGUCACGCCCCCCACCCCCACGAGUUCCACGAUGGGGCCGAGAGACUCGAGCCAGUCAGUGUGGCCAGAUGAGACUGUGUCUUACUCUGAUGAUGGAGAAAUAGAUAUCGAACCCUGAGAAGAUAAACCAAAGAUGUCAUGUCCUUGGCACUCUUGUCUGAUGUUUCUCUCUGAGGGAAGAAGACUGUUCUCCAUUUCCUCUCACAGUAUGGCCUCGUACUUUAGCUUUUUCCUAUCUACAGAUGCCCUAACAGUGACAUGCCCCACUGGGUGAAAUCCAUUAAGUUUGUUGGAGCAAUGGAGCCAUUCAGUGCUGAAGGAAGGAGACAGAAAAGUGGGAAAAGAGCAAAGCACCUUCCUUGACCAAGUCAAACAAUGGUCAAGGGCAACAGGAUCCUGGAUGAAGGGAGUCAGGCUCACUAAACUUUGCAAUUCCCUACCAGCUCCAGUCUGGAGAAAGAAAGGGGGGAAAUCUAAUGGACAAUGGUGGUGUUUCCCAUAAUCUGAUGGGAUUUUUCUCUACUAGAACACCACACAUCUGUACCCCGUGCCAUGGGGCCCAUCUAGAUGUGAUGUGUCACAAAAAGUGUGCAACGUGGCUAUGAAUAAGACCCUGCAAGACAAAUGGUUUCUUUUUUUUUUUUUUUUAAUGUUUUACAAGUAUUGAGAAAAGUUAAAUAUGGUUUAUAAAUUGAAGAUCUGGAUUUGGUGGGGUUUUUGGUUUGGGGUUUUUUUCAUUACAAA